AUAUAAAUACUUUUAAAAAGAAAACUAACAAUAAAGCCUUAAUUAAAUUGCAGAAUAAGAUAAUAAAAAUUCAUUAAAUAAAUUUUAAAACUUUAUUGAAUAACAUUAAAUAUCAUUAGAGUUUUUCUGGGAUUCAUACCAAAGUCAUAUCAGUUAAGAAUAAUUUUGGCAUUUUUGUGCAUAAAAAGGUUUAAAUUUUACACAAAAUGAAAAACAAACUCUCUUAUUAUAAUUAUUAAAUUCCCAAAAUCAAAUCACAAUAUCAUAAUUGUGUGCUAAUGUUCCAUAUUGGAAAGAAAAUGAAAGCGCAAUGAUGGAAUAUAUAAAAUAAAAAUCAUUAUAAGUAGCAAACUAAUCAUAAAACAAAGUAAAAAAUAACUUUAAAAUUCAAAAAAUGAAUUAAAGACCAGUUAGUAGUCUAACUUAAAUAAAUAAACGAACAAUAUAUUAAUCUUAAAAAUAAUUUAAAAUAAGUGAAUAAUUAUUAAAUAUGGAUAUUUAGCAUGAAAAACCACCAGCACCUAAUAAAUCGAAAUAUUAUCUUUUAAAAUAAAAAGAAAGAGAAAAAGAAAUAGAUCGUCUUUUAAAACUUACUAUAAGUAAAGGCAGAAAUGAAUUUGAAUAUGAAAUGCUAAUUAAAAUGGGAGAAGCAAAUGAACUUUCUUAAUAAUUAAAUAGUAAAAUAACAUAUAGAGCAUAUAGAAGUGCUUAAGGAAAUUUAAAAGUUCAUAUAUAUGAAUUAGAUAAAUAUUAAAAAGAUAUGACUUUGGAAGAUUUUUAAAGAGAAUUUAAUACAUUGAAAAAUAAAUACAAUGAAACAAAAAAUCUUAGAAUAUGGGAAGUACUUAGUUAAAAUAAAAAGUCAAAAUAAAAAGAUUUUACAAAAUAAACUAAAGAUGAAGAAAAAGAAACAGAUAAAAGACAUUUGGGUAAAAUAAAUAUAAAUGCUAGGCAUGAAGAAUUAAAAGGUGUUUUAUUGAAAACUAUGGAAUUGACAGUAAUAUUAAAAGAAUAAUUAGCAGUUUUAAAUAAAUAAAAAAUUAAUGUAUGCUAACAAGGAAAUAAUGCAAAUAAAAUUUUUAUAAACACAGUUAAUCAUUCAUAUUAAAAUUGA